UUGUUCUGCUUUCAGUGGAGAUAAACGAAGAGUUGAAGAACCUCCUCGAUUGAUGAUGAGCUGCUUAUUUUCCUACAAACUUGUGAUUAAUUGAGUUGACACUACAACGCAAUCAAGUCAGGGUACAACAUAUUUAGCAAUACCGCAACACAGGGCAUCCCGUAUUUCAGUCAACACAUUUAUUGGCCUCGGUCUAGUGGUAGUUAUUUGCCUGGAAUACAGCAAUCACCAGAUAAAUAUUAUAUCAUAAGAGAAUGAUUAUGUGAGCAGAAAAAGAUUAUGUGUUCAGAGAAAGAUUAUGUGAUCAGUCAAAGAUUAUUUGAGCUUAGAAGGAUUAAGUGAGCAAAAGAAAAAUAACGAGCAAUGAAAGGAUGUUAAGACAUGGAUCACCUAUAUGUACAGAGCUUACUGACAUUAUAUGAGUAUAUUUGAAUUUAAAAUGAAGGUCAAAAAUAAAAAAUUGAAUUCAAACAACAAAACUAAUUCUGGUAACCAUAGUGGAUACUAUGGCAACUACAUCAAGGACAAUGUUGAAUUCACAACUCCACUAUCUAGCAAUAGCACAUAUCCUAACAACAAACACAGUGAACAGAGUGACAUCUAUAAUAAAAAUGUCGAGCCAAUUCAACAUUCGGAACAUAUUCCAAAGCUCAGAAGGUACAACAGAACAAAUAUUGACAAAUAUAAAGACACAAUAUAUGAACGUUACGACCCGAUGGUUGGAGGUCGGACUGCCCUUAUACUAGGGUCUCUCUUGGUAUUUAUAGUUUUAUACAUUCUUAAAAAACAAUUUAAACAUCAUCGGAGAAAGAAAAAAGAAAGGAUGGCUGAGUUUGUCCCGCCAGAGGAUUAUGGGCCUUACGAGACUUCCAGUGAUUUCGAUCAAUGUUUAAAACUUCUUCCAGACCAAAAUGGCUUAUCUAAAAGUAGCGAAACAUUGACAGGGACGAAUAACUGGGACAGUAAUCAUUCAAUAGAUGGCUCUUUGUGUCAAUGUAUGAAAGAUGUCGCUACUGCUCCACACAAAUCCAGCGCUAUGCAAACAAACAUUCCAAAAAUUACAAUUUCAGACACUACUGAAUUAUGUACCAAUAGAAAGCAGAUUGGAUUAUACAUCAAUGGAAAGCAGUGUGAUAAAAAUAAACAAUUCCAUGCCAGUUUUCCAUAUCAUAUCAAACCUGACAAAACACGAAGGGCAAUACUUGAAAAGUACACAAUAGAAUGUGAUACCUCAAAUUUCGCCAAAACUGCCAAUUGGAUUAAUACUAUCCCAGACCCAGUACACAUUCAACCGAAUCCUAAACACAAAACGAAAACUACAACAGAUGACGCAAAACUCAAUUCACGGAGCGGGAAUUAUUUGAAUGUAGAGGUUAAUAGAAAACGAUCCAAUAGUGUGCCUAGCACAUCUUAUACAAGCUCAUCUAUGUGGGACAAAACCCGUAAUGUUGGGACGUGCCCUUUAUGUGAUCAAGCAAAACUAACAGGAAGUUCCCAUCCAUCAAUAUUAUAACGACCCUGCUACUAAUAACUAUAGUACAGCUUUCCUAGCUUAAGAUUUUAUAGCUCACUUAGUUAAGAGCAUCAGGCCUUGGAUCUGAGGGACCUAGGUUUGAUUCUCAAACAGGUCGUUGAAUUAGGCACCCUUUCUUUCAUGACCUUCAACUUUAUUCAGUCAUUCCCGGAGGCGCCUCCGGGUUAUCAAAUAGUGUCAGCUGUGGAAGUAUAGUAUCAACUCUUUUUAAAAUAUAUGUGUCGAAAAUUGCAAAAGAAGAUGACAUUUGGAUUUCAACCAACAUUUCAUGUAGUGAGAGUGGGAUCCCAGGAAUAACUGAAAUAUGAUUCUACAGAUAGAAACGUAAAAUGCACUUAAUGAGUUGCUAUGGAAACAUAGUCCAAGUAUAACUACAUUUUUAUCAAUAUGGUAGUAGAAAACCUGUAAUGUGGAACACCUUUAUAAGUGAUAUAAUUCAAAAUUACAUGUUUUAUUUUAUGAAAUACUGUAUUCAUAGAGCUCUGUACCACAGAGCUCUGUAUCAAAAAGCUCUGUACCAUAGUGCUCUGUAUAAAAGAGCUCUGUACCAGAGAGUUCUGUACCAUAGGGCUCUGUAUCAUAAAGCUCUGUACCAGAGAGCUCUUUAUCAUAGAGUUCUGUAUCUCAGAAAUCUGUAUCAUAAGCUCUGUACCAGAGAGCUCUUUAUCAUAGAGUUCUGUAUCUCAGAGCUCUGUAUCAUAUAUCUCUGUAUAUCAUGACACAGUCAUUGUAGUGAAUUUUCAAUUUCUUUGAUACAAAAAGUGCAGAAUACGUAUAGUUCUGACUUAAAAAUUGGUGAAUUUUGAAAACUUUCAACAUUUUUUUUUUAAAAAUGUUUAAAUCAAGAGGUGCCAAAUUCAUAUUUUGAACUUUGCCAAUAAAAUAUUGCUCAUUCAAAAAUUACAUAUUAAUGACAAUUUGACAAGGGAAUUGUAAACCAUUUUUAUUUUCUAUUUAAAAAAUAUUUUAAGAAAAACAGCUAUGCAAUGUAAAUGUAAAAAAAUAAAUAUUAUGUCAAAAUCAAUGUUUUCUUAUAAACUGUAAUUUUAGAUAGUCCUAAUAGAGAAAUCACUUUAUUUGUGAUCUUCCCAUAUUAACAUAGAGAGCAUAUAGAUUUAGUAAAUAUUAUUAAGCUGCAUUUU